CGUUUCUUAAUUAGGACAUCCCGGAAGAGUCCCAAGCGGAGCGCACAGGGGCAGGGGACAGCACCGCGCCAGUGAACGGUGCCCACCAAAACCACGAAGGAUUCUGGAAACAGCAUUAAAUCACAAUACAACGCGCACAGAUUGUUUCCAUGGAGGGUUUGAUAGAGCGGUUGGAGCGAGCAGUUACUCGUUUGGAGCAGUUGUCAGUCACUAUGCAGGCAUCCAGUGGUCUGACCAACGGGGACUGUGUCAACGGCAUCGACGGAGAUAUGUCGCAGUAUGUGGAGGCCUUUGACGUCCUAUUGAGAGGUCCAGUCUCUGAGUACAUGAAACUCAGUCAAGCCAUUGGAAGUGAUGUGGAGAAACACGCGGAGAUGGUGCACAAGGCUCUACAAACGCAAAGGACGUUUCUCAAAAUGGCUGCGACCCAUCAGGAGCCUGCUAAGAAAAAGUUACUGGACCUGCUGAAGCCGAUUUCCGAUCACAUCCAGGAGAUUCAAAACUUCAGGGAGCGAAACCGCGGCAGUAACCUCUUCAACCACCUCUCUGCUGUCAGCGAGAGCAUCCCAGCUCUGGGCUGGGUGGCAGUGACUCUAAAGCCGGGUCCAUAUGUGAAGGAGAUGAACGACGCUGCCACCUUUUACACCAACAGAGUGCUCAAAGACUACAAGGAUAGUGACAGACGCCACGUGGACUGGGUGCGCUCUUACCUGUCGAUCUGGACCGAGAUGCAGUCUUAUAUCAAACAGCAUCAUUGCACUGGGCUGGAGUGGAGCAAAAUUGGUCCGAUUGCUCCUGCGUCUCUGUUCGAGCCCUCUGCGGCCCCCAGUGCACCCUGCCCUCCCCCUCCUCCCCCUCCCCCCGGGCCCCCUCCGGUCCUCACAGACGACUCUGAGGCAGCCAGUGCAGGUUCACAGCACUCAGCACUGUUCGCCCAGCUCAACCAGGGCAUGGACAUCACUAAAGGCCUGAAGCAUGUCGACGAUGACAAAAAAACACAUAAGAACCCAGGUCUACGCUCUCAAACUGCAGUCCCAACCAAAACCAAAGCUCAUGGGAAAGCAAGCUCUCCGAAAGCAAGUGUCCAGAAACGACCCCCUCUGCUGGAGCUGGAGGGAAAGAAGUGGAGAGUGGAAAACUUUGAACAAAAACAUGACCUGGUCAUUGAUGAGACUGAAUUAAAACAUGUGGUAUAUGUUUUUGGCUGCAAUAACUCCACCCUUCAGGUUAAAGGCAAAAUUAAUUCCAUUAUUGUUGACAACUGCAAGAAGGUGGGUCUGGUUUUUGAAAACGUGGUUGGCAUUAUUGAGAUAAUUAACUCCAAAUCCAUCCAGCUACAGGUUUUGGGGACAGUGCCCACCAUCUCCAUCAAUAAGACUGAAGGUUGUCAGGUUUAUCUGAGCAAAGACGCCCUCAACUGUGACAUUGUGAGUGCCAAGAGCUCCGAGAUGAACAUCAUGAUUCCUGAAGGAGAGGACGACUAUAAAGAGUUCCCAGUGCCGGAGCAGUUUAAGACAGUGUGGGAUGGCUCCAAACUUGUGACAGAACCCACAGAGAUCGCGGGAUAAACACAUCAGCACCACAUUGUUUAAAACUGUAUUAACUCUUUUAAUGAUGUCUCUACAGUAUUUCUGCAGCACUUUGACUUAAACUGAACAAAUAGUUACUUACUGUUUAGUGCCAUAUAAAUAAAGGCAAAUGUGUAAGAAUAAAAAAUAAGAACACACACUGUAUUCCCCACCAUAAUCCUCACUAGAUUAGUAGCCAGACACUCAAUAACUACUUGAUCCAAAAGACAAAACUUAAAGACCUGUUAAAUAAAAAAAAAAAAAAAAAAAA